AUGGCAGCGAAAUGCUGUUCUGCGGGUGAAAUCUCCGGACUGGCCAAUACUCUCCAAGGACAUGUAGAUGACAUUCGUACUCUGAUACAAUGCGGCAUUUGCAUUCGACCCCUCUAUGAGCCCUUCACUCUCGCAUGUGGGCACACAUUCUGCUAUUCAUGCCUAUCGUCAUGGUUUGCAGGAGGGAAAUCAAAGCGAACAUGUCCCGAUUGUCGAGCACCUGUCAAAACGCAACCGGCACCAGCAUAUCUAGUCCGCGCGGUCGUGCAGAUGUUCACAGCUCGUGCUGAGCUGCUAGACAAAGGCGAAACAACUAUGGAGCAUACCAAAAACCGUCAAGAGGAGGCGGGGAAACUCGACGAAGACAAGGCGAAUAACCAUCCAACGCAAGGUGGUCUAUUCGGUGGACUUUUCAGACCUAAAGCUCCUCUUCUGAAACCCGUCAAUGACGUUGACGAUGGAGUUAUGCGAUGUCCGCACUGUUCAUGGGAACUUGAAGAAGGGGAGCAAUGCGCUAAUUGUGGCUAUCGAUACCCUGGUUCUGAAACAGGCGAGACAGAAUCAAGCGAAGAGAGUGAAAGUGGCAGCGACGACGAUGACGACGACUCAGAUGGCAUGGAGGACGAUGAUUCCGAGGACGGUUCAGAAAAUAUUGAUGAUACGAAUGGUGGAUGGGCCCCAAAUCAAUAUCCUAUCAAUGGUCCCAACUUUGGCAUGCAGCCUUUGCCAGGCUUUCCGAGCGACUACCACCUCAUGGGUCACCUUCACUACCAUGAUUCUCUAAUGUUACCUGGAAUUAUUCCACGAUUCAAUGCACACUAUGACCCGGACGAGUUCGAUUAUGAAGAGGAUGAGGAUGAGGAUGAGAAUGAGUACGACCACGAAGACUCUUUCAUCAAUGAUGCAACACAGCUUACGAGCGCCGACUACGAAUCGGACUCGGAUCAUUCUACUGUUGUGAGAAGUUCUCAGCGCAGUCUUCCUCCCGUACGACACGGCCAUCAAGAAGAUGAUGACGAUGAUGAAGAAGACGAUGACCCUCAAUCUUCCUCGGCAGAAGAAAGAGGCUCAAACUCAGACUCGGUAAUGGACGACUCAUCCGAUGAAGAUGAUAUUCGGGCAGUGCCUGCUCGACAGGCAUUUGGUAACACACCUCAGCAUGCCUGGGUGAUUCCCACCUCCUCUCCAUGGGCACAAAGCAUGCAAAGGGCUCAAAGAGCGCAAAGGGCGCAUGAAGCCUCCACCUCCUCCGCCGGGACUGUUAACUUGGACUCAGAAUCCGAGGAGGAAGAGAGAGAGACAUCUGAUAUUUCAAGGCCCGCGAGCUCGUCGCCUCCUGCAGCGUCCACACGACCCAACACAGUUCGCGGGCUUUCCGCUCGCAAUGUGAUUACACUCGAUGAUUCCGACGACGAAGAACCCGUUGGCCCAGUGAGAAGAAAUACUCAAAGACGGCAAAACAGAUACUCCCCAUACUAA